AUGGGCGGCGAAAGUUUCUACGGUGAACCGUUUGGCGACGAGAUACACGGCCGACUCAAGUUUAACCGUAGAGGGUUGCUGGGAGUUGCAAACAAUGGGGAGAAAAACACCAAUACAUCGCAGUUCUUUAUUACGCUCGACCAAGCGCCCGAGUUGACAUCAAAGCACACUUUGUUUGGCAAGGUUGUUGGGAACACUAUUUACAAUGUUUUGAGUAUUGGAAAUAUGGAUAUCGACGCUGAAGAACGACCUCUUGUACCUCCAAAGAUUCGCCGUAUUCGAAUCAUCGAAAACCCCUUCCCCGACAUUCAACCCCGUAUCACCGCAGAAGAACGCCGCGCGCAAAAUUCUGCCCGAAUAGAAGCCAAGAAGGAGCUCGAAAAGCGGGAGAAGAGAUCCAAGGCCAAGAAGAAUACCAAGCUUUUGUCAUUUGGUGAAGCCGAAGAGAUUCCGGAUGAGGAUGAGGUGCCGAAAAAGUCCAUGACGAGACAGGAUCUCAUGGAAGGGGGACCACCAGUCAACGAUUCCAAGCUUGGCAAGUCUGUUGACGUUCCUCCCUCUCUCAAAGACAUUGGAUCCGACGACCUGGUCAAGAAGAAGGAAGCCGAGAAAAAGGCUAUCGAUCUCAAAUCCAUUCGUGAACAGCACGCAAAAGACCAAGCCGGUGGCGCCAACGACCGCAAGGCCGAAAUCGCCCGUAUGGAAGCCGACCUCAAGCGGCUCAAGAAGCGCUCCGGUUCCAUGUCAUCGUCCUCUUCGUCUUCCUCGACGAGAGACCGUAGGCCCAAAGGACCAUCAGUUCUGGAGCAAGAACUCGCAAAGUACGAAGCCAACCGAGGUCGGGCAGCACAAAAGACUGGCAAGAAGAGGGGAAGAAAAGAAGAAGAGGAUGACUUGUUGGCGGAAAUGAAAAAGUUUAGCCACAGGGUCGUCCAAGCCGGCGACUCUGACGGCGAAGAGGAUGGCAGGGAAGAAGGCGAAACAGGGGAAAAGAAGGAAGAAAAGUACGGCCUGGGCUUGGGUGAGGAUGAUGAAGGAGUAGAGGUGGACGAUGAUGUGGGAUGGAUGAGGCAUACAUUGAAAUUUGUCGUGGAUGAGAAGGAGCUCACCAGAAGAGCGGAAGAUGAAUAUGCUGUGAUUGAUCCGAGAGCGAAGGCUAGGGAUAUUCAAAGCGCGAGUCACCCGAGCGCGAAACGGAGCAGGCAGGACGAUAGGAGGCAUGGGGGAAGGGGCCGGGACGGGGGGCGACGGUACUGA